ACACACACACAUCUCCACUUCAUCUCGCGCCUCCCUCCAGGCUCUUCUCGUCUUGUCUCCUCCCCCAUACUCUUUCACAUACCCCACAGUCGCCAAUUCGUGGGUUCUGCCCUGUCCGAGCAGGACUUUGUCAUUACAUCACGCGAAAUCAUAAAGAUGCCAAGCGCCUAGUUCCUGACUUUCCAUUUUCUUUUUUAUAUAUAUUUUUCACCACACCCCAACCCUUCUCUUCCACAUACCCUUCCGCUUCCCCUACUCAACACACCCGACUGCCAACAUGGAGGAUGCCUGGGAGAACUUUCUUGAGGCAAUUGCCGGGCUGCUGUCCAUAGCCUUGACGAAUAAAGAGACGGAAAAGGUCAUUGCCGGAUUCAACAAUUUCCAACAGCGACUGCAGCGUCUUAGCAGUCAUAACCUUCAGCGGCUGCACCUCGAAAUCACCCAGGACACGAAACGGGUCAACAAGUGUAAGCACGAGGGCAAGACUUGCACCCAGAAUGUGACUCGAGGAUUCCUCAAGACCUGGGUUAUUGGAUACGUGGUCAAGUACAUGAUCGGUGUCUUGCCCGCGCUCCUGACGGGGAAGGCCCUGAAAAAUCCAGGGAUAUUUAAGAAAAGCGGAGGCAGAGACACUGUCGGAUUCGCGUUCUUCCUGUCCUCAUUCUUGUCCGCCUACAAGGCGGUGCUCUGCACCAUGCGGUACUAUCGGCCGGAUCACGAGGGUGACCGGCUGAACGCGUUUGUGGCCGGAUCUGUUGCAGGACUGACACUGUUGCUCGACAAGAACAAGAGUCGCAGGACUGCACUCACUCUCUACCUGUUCACGCGAUCGAUCCAGUUCGGAUCGAGCUACACGAUGAAAAAGUGGGCUGAGCACCGGGACGCCAAGAGGGCUGCGAAUCGCCAGGCGCUCAUGGACAAUGCGGAGUUUACGGGACAGAAGCAGACACUCGUGACAAAGAAUGGAUGGGACGAUAUUCUUGCAAAGGUAUUAACGGCAUCGGCGGCAACCAUUCUGAUGUCGCUCACGGCCUCGGUCAACUUGUACUCAUGUGUCAUUGAGCCGGACGCCAUGCCGAGGUCCUACUGGAACUUUAUCAUGCAGCACUCAGGUCUGCCCCAAAAGUUCGGACCCAUGUUCCCGCCCCUGAUAGAGACAUUCCAGUCUCAGUACAAGAUCCUGAAGGAGCUGCCGGGCGGCAUGGAGAACGUUGGCAUCCCAGCGGGCAUGUCAUCCAAGGACUUUGUCGCACAGAACAUUUCGCCCAACAUUGCGACAUUGUUUCCUAGCGGUCUGCACCACGACUUUCAGCUGUGCGCGUUGCUUCACCCCCUGACGCCUUGCAAGGGACACGCGUUAGAUGUCCUCACAGGCGAGUUUGCUCGUGCAGCCAAGAUGUACGGUACACUGAACUUUAUCGUAACUCUCGUCUUCCAGCAUAAGAAACUAGCGACGAAUCCUAAGGGAGUCGCGUAUCGCUAUUUCAAAUCGACUUUGCGGUCAUGCCUCUUCUUGACAAUGUAUGUCUUGGGCGCGUUCAGCACUCCCUGUGUGACGCGUAGGGUCUUCAAGAGUGAGGUCCUUUUCACCUAUCUUUUCAACGGCAUUAUUUCUGGAUUGGCGGUCUUGAUUGAAGCGCCUGGACGCCAGAUGGAGUUGGCAUUGUACUGCCUGCCCCGUGCGCUGGAGACUGCGUGGAACCUGCUGUUGAAGCGUGGGCUGGUCCGCAAUGUUCCUUAUGGCGAUAUCGCAUUGUUCAGUGCAUCGAUGGGAGUGAUGAUGACCCUGUACCAGAACGAUCCCAGCGUGAUUAACAAGCACUACCUCACAGUUUUGACCCGCGUCUUUGGACGCAACUAGAGCAGUUGUUUACUAUUUUAACAUGCACCACAUCAGAUAAUAAACAAUUGCCA